AUUACUAAUGUUGUUUAUUAAUGUAUUAUCACAAUAAAUAAUCAGUUUUACUGCGGAGUUAUCAAUAAAUUUUAGGUCUAUUUUUCCCUUCUAAAAUAAAAUAAAUUAUUAAAAAUGUCGUUUUUUAAAAAUGUUACUUCAAGCUUAGCAAUUCGCAGUCGUGAUACAAUUCUCAAGGAAUCUCUUAUAAAUAAUUUAUCGGAGUGUGUAAAGGACAUCCAAUACACCAGUCAAUUCGAGGAGAACUUUCAUAGCGUUCUUGGCUCUACGGACUCGACAAAUACUUUAUGUAUGGCUUUGGAAGCUGUUUUUCUUCAUGGGUUAAAAGAUACAUUCUUAAGAAAAGCAAAAAAUGUUAUAUCUGGUGACCCUGACUACCGUCCACAAUCAAGCUUUUGGCCACUGAUACUUGUACUAUCUCAUAGGCAAAACAUUGAUCAGAUUUCAUCUUUACCCCAAAUUAACACAGAGAUAGGACAAUGUCGAGCCUGGCUUCGAAUCGCACUAAAUGAAUGUUUAUUGUCGUCCUAUAUGUCUACAUUACUAAAGAAUAUAUCAGCAGUGAAACCUUUCUAUAACAGAACUGCAUUUGUGUGUGAUACAGAAAUAUUGGAAGUGGCCCAAAAGUUAGUACAGGGCUUGGAAACAUGUGUCCAAUUUAACUUACCUAUAAAUUCUAGUUUACUAAAUAACUGGCCCGAACAAGUUUUGAUGCAAGCAGGCAUUUGGGUGCCGACUAUGAGAGUAGCUCCAAUAACUGCCGGAUUAGAUGUAGCCAGUACUCUUACAGAUGAAGUAAAACCAAAACUAGCAACAACUCCAACGCAUGCUACUAGUAUUACAGGAUUGGGUAGAAUGUUAUCUUUAAGCGAAGAUGAAGCUCUGAAGUUUAUACUUUCUAAAGAUGCAAAUGACAUACACAACAAAGAUAAAAAUGUUGAAACUAAAAAUAAAGUGGAAAAAGAAAAAGAUUCACAAACAAAUAUAGAGUCAGCUUCGCAGUCAUUACCAAUAGUAGACCAACCUGCAAUAGCUCAAGAACCAGUAGAUUCAGGUCAAAUAUAUUCAUCAUCAGCAGAUUCAAGUGAUUUUAUAAUACCAACUGAUGCUAUUGUUACUGGUAACUCUUUAAGUGGUAAAGGUUGGUCAAAUGAUAGCCAUGAUGAUCUAAAUUCAUCAAUCAAUUCGAAUUCAUCACAUGGAAGUAGUUUGAUAAAAACACCAGAAAUAAAGAGCCUAUCAUCACUCAUCGAUAACUCAAAUCCUUUUAAUGAAGCAGCCUCCAACACUCCUAAUUUGAGAGACAUUAUGAAAGAUAUACAUAAAGAGCUAAAAUUAACACCUGAAGAUGAUAAGUUUUGUGAAGUAAAGCCAGAAACAGUAUCACCAGAUGAUCCAACAUUGCAAGGACUGGAUUUUGAAGUAAUACCAAGUUCUACAACAGGUUCUUUCACUCCCCAGGAGUUACAGAAAAUGAUAAAACAAUUGGGAACAUUGUCAAGAGAAAAAGGACUUGAUUACCAAAAUUAUCAAUGCAAAAGUUGCCAGGAUUUAUUAGGGAGCACAGUUUCUAAAGCUAAAGUUUGUGGCUACACUGGAGAAUAUUACUGUUCAAACUGUAUGGACCCUAAUGUGUUUAUUAUACCUUCUCGAGUGAUUCACAAUUGGGAUUUCAAGAGAUAUCCUGUGUCAAAGAAGUCUGCCACAUUUUUAUUAGAAUUCCAACAUCAUCCAUGGAUUGAUAUGAAAAAACUUAAUCCUAAAAUUUACUGUGGAGUUUCAGAUAUGGCUCAGUUACAAGAACUGAGGAUUCAGUUAAAUUUCUUGCGGGCAUAUAUAUUUACAUGUCGUGAACCAGUAAUUGAGGAACUCCAGAAGCGUGUUUGGCCACGGGAGUACUUAUAUGAUCAUAUUCAUACAUACACAAUAUCUGAUUUAGCACAAAUACCAAAUAGCUCUCUAGCUUUACAGCUAGAAAAAGUAGUUCAAUUUGCAAAAUCUCAUGUACUUGAUUGUUGGCUUUGUAGCCAAAAGGGUUUUAUAUGUGAAGUUUGUAGAGAUUCUAAAAUAUUGUAUCCAUUUGAAACUAGUACAACAUAUCGAUGCAAUGAAUGUUCUAGUGUGUUUCAUUCCAAGUGUCUCAAUGAAACCUUACCUUGCCCUAAGUGCAAAAGGAGACAAGAAAGAACGAAUGAUACAUCACUAGUUGAUGCCCUUCAUAGCCAUUUUAAUAAGUAAUUAAUAUAAUAUAGCAAACAUUUGAACAAACAAAGAGAUAACAUGCUGUUACAAGUGAGGAUGGUAUCUUUAGACACAUUGAAGCAUUCAUUUCAAAAUAUGUUUUAUAGGUCAUUAAAUUAAUAACCAGUUGUUCUGUUUGAAAUAGAUAAGAGCUGUGCUGAUAUUAAUUGAUGAUUGCUUUUGCAAUUAAUAUUGCGUUUCAUUAUUCUUAAUAUGUAUAUUUUUAUAUCAUCAGUUUUCUAAUCUUAUUGAUGCAUUAUUUUUUUGGCCUAUUUUAUAAUUUGCAAAUGGAAUGAUAGAAGUAAUUACUGAUUACUUUAGAUAAUAUAACCUAACAACACAUAUUCUCAAUAAUAUGUAUAAAAACAUAUGGUUUUAUCAUGAUAUGGUUUAUGUAACUACUAAGUUUUAUGUCAUAAAACUAAUUAUUUCAAAAGAGAA